UUAUGGAUAAUUUUGUAUUUUCAGAUGUAUUACACAACAACAUUUUAAAGAACAGACGUCAUCUAUGUCCCAAUGGAUGUGGUCGUCAUUAUAAAAGAAGAUGUCUCAUGAAUUAUAAUUUAAAAUUUGAAUGUGAUAAUCAAGAUAUGUUCAUUUGCCCAAAUGUUAUGUGUUCCCGUACAUAUAAAUUUAAAAGAAACUUAAACCGUCAUUUAAGACAUGAAUGUGGAGGGCAAAAAAGAUUCAAUUGUAGUAUAUGUCCAAAGGCGUUUUCACAAAAAAUUACAUUAAAAAAGCAUUUAAUCCUAAUACAUAAUUGUAUCUAACA